GGCAAUAUAGUACAACUCUGCCUCGCCGCUCGUCAGUCUGAACGGUGCUGCAUGGCAAGUCUCAAGGGCAAGGCAUGCAUUAGAGAGAGAUUCCCCAACGAAUGCAAAGGAAAAGUAAAUACAUUGGAAUUAAACAGGGAUUUGUACAUGCUUGAUGAAUAAGAUAUACAGUAUCUGGGCUGGAAACCUUGGAAUUUAAGACUUUUUCUACCCAAGCUUUUUUUAUCUUGAGAGAGAACAACAGGUGUUCUCUAUCUCUCUGCGAAGCACGACCUUGCUGUGGUAACCCGUUCGUGGGUUUAUUUGGUCCCAGUCUCCCGGCAACAAGAGGAAUAACCCUAACAAACUGCUGUAUCAGAAAGACAAAUUUCAACACAAAGUGGGAGACAUUCUCUUGGCCCCUAGCCAGGAAUGGUGGAUAACUUCCUAGUGAGCGGCGAGGACACUUUUUUACCGUACGGUGGCUCCCCACCGGCAUACCGCCUGUUGGACAUGGUGACGGACGGGGGGACCUACCAUGUGAUGCCUUCGCCCUUCUCCGAGGAUGACCUGAGCGAGUCGUCCAGCCCUCGCUCCUGCUCCAGCCCCGACUCCCAAGUGCUCAGUUCCAGCUAUGGCAGCAGCUCCAGUGCCGAAAGUUCAGACAGCAUCCUGGACCUUCUGCUGUCCCAGACCUCCCUAGGCGGGGCAGGGACCGGGGCGGCCAUCCCCAUGUCACUGCCCACCUUUCUGUGGGACUCACAGAGGGACGCGCCAUCCCACCCCCACCCAGAGGCCUUGAAGGAGGAGAGCGUGGACUUCCCGGUCUGGUCCUUAGUGGACAUGGAGGAGCCGUCCUUCCAGCCCACCUUAGAGGAGAUAGAGGAGUUCCUGGAGGAGAACAUGGAGGUGGUGUCGUCCAUGAAGCAGGAGGCCCAGGAGGGGGCGCUGGGGCUGGGCCUGGAGGAGAUCUUAGGGCUGGGGGUGGGACUGGAGGUGUACAGGGAGUCCUCAUCCCCGGGGCCAAGGUUGGAGCCAGAGGCCAAGCAUUCAGACCAAACUGUGCCGACCGCAAAUGCUACCACCGUCACCGAGACCAAAAGCACACCAGCCACAUCGUCACAGGAGUACAACGAAGGCCCGCACAAUGACGUGUUCAAGAGUGGUUCAUUAUCCAGCAGGCCAGGAUCAACACAGAGCUGUGCAAAUGGUGGCAGCGCUGGAAUGCCGGUCAUCCUGCAGAUCCAGCCCAUUCAGAUCAAACAGGAACCUGGUGCCACGGUUCCUCCUCCUCCUCCCACAAUUGUCCAGCCUCCUCCUCAGUCGGCAUCAGACAUAAAAAUUGCCCAGCUGCUGGUCAACAUCCAGGGGCAUACCUUCGCCCUGGUGCCCCAGCUGCUUCCCUCCACCAGCCUCAACAUCUCCUCUAAGUUUGUGCGCAUCGCACCGGUGCCCAUCGCUGCCAAGCCCCUGGGCCUCGGUGAGGUGGCGGUCGGGGGCCAGGGCCAUGGGCUGCUGGUGGGGGGUCAGAAGUUUCAGAAGAACCCGGUGGCGGACCUUAUCAAAAUGCAUAAAUGCACUUUUCCCGGCUGCACCAAGAUGUACACCAAGAGCAGCCACCUGAAGGCCCACCUGAGGAGACACACGGGGGAGAAGCCCUUUGCCUGCACCUGGCCGGGCUGUGGAUGGAGAUUCUCACGGUCGGAUGAGCUGUCGCGGCACCGGCGGUCCCACUCAGGGGUCAAACCCUACCAGUGUCCUGUGUGUGAGAAGAAAUUUGCCCGCAGUGACCAUCUAUCAAAACACAUCAAAGUCCAUCGCUUUCCGCGAAACCGGACGCUGCGCACAGCAAACUGACCCCAUCCGGAUCACUCUUCAAUGGACAUAGACCAAGGGAGCACGGAAUGUGUGUGUGUGUGUGUGUGUGUGUGUGUGUGUGUGUGUGUGUGUGUGUGUGUGUGUGUGUGUGUGUGUGUGUGUGUG